GGAACAUUCACGGGAACUGUGCGUGGUUUGAGUGCUCCGAUCUCCGAAGUCGGCGUGUGGGAAUUGCCGAGUCACAGGUGUGACAUUACUUUCAAGCUGCUCUGGUCAACGACGUCGCUUUGGGCGGGUUUCGCGCUCUUGACGACUCUCUUGUAUCGCAUUGUUCUAUAUAGACACGCAAACCGACUUGCGAUGGUUGACCGCAAGAUGGAGGAGAAUAUCGCCCAGUUCUGCGGUGUCACCGGAGCCUCCGUCAAAGACGCCAAGAAGUUUCUGGAAGCGUACAAGCGCUCCGAUGUCGCUAUCGAUGCUUAUUUCAAUGACCCUCGCGACCCGCGUGUGUUCGGUUCUGGCGUGAAGACACCUGUCGUCGCUGCCUCGACCAGCAAGCUCAAUUCGCUUUUCGACAAGUACAAAGACCCCGAUGGGGUGGAGAUCACCGUCAACGGGACCAUACAGCUCUGUGCAGAUUUGGGCGUCGACCCUGAGGACGUAGUUCUGCUGGCAGUUGCGUACGAGCUGAAGAGUCCCCGCGUGGGCGAAUGGAAUCGCGCCGGGUGGACGGAAGGAUGGAAGAACCUGGGGCAAGUCUGGCGGCUCCUUUUCUGUUUUACAUCAAUGCUCAACAUACUGCUCCUCUUCUACUUAUCUGUGCGCGGUCGUCGCUACCCGAUCGCAUGCGAUCAUACAAACAGAUGCGACUCUCUAUCAGCCAUGAAGGCAUCGCUUCCGAAGCUGAAAGCGAAGCUGGCUCAAGAUGCAGCGUACUUCCAGAAGGUGUACAAUCACACCUUUGACUUUGCAAAGUCAGAGGGACAGAGGAGUAUCGCUAUUGACACAGCCCAGGCCUUCUGGUCCCUACUACUGCCUCAUGGCAUGUCAGGUGCUGCGCUCUCGCAUGUAGAUUCGUCUGGAGACAGCGAUAUGACUGGUGACGGAGGAUGGCAGCCUCAAUUUGUUGACUGGUGGUUUGAGUUCCUGAACGAAAAGGGCGGCAAGGGCGUCAGCAAAGACACUUGGGUGAUGUUCCUUGACUUCGUCAGGACGAUCGACUCCCGUUUCCAGACAUACGAUAUCGAAGCCGCCUGGCCGUCGGCCAUUGACGAUUUCGUCGAUUGGGCUAAAACGAAGCUUAAGCAGUAAUGGAUGUAAGACUAUAUCGCGACUGUUCUACCUCUACCGUGUCUCUGUCAAUUGUAUAUGUCAACUUGUGGGCUCUGGCUGUAGAUUCUUAUGUACUGACUUGACCAUCACCUAGCUCGUGUGCGAGUUGCACUGACUCGUAUGCGGAGCUGAUGUCAAAGGUCCCAUGUAUAGGUCGGCUCGGUGUAUCUUGCAAUCAACGUUGUCCAGCAGACCCAGUGUUGAAUGUCUUGAUGGCCCCGAUCUGGAGACUUUCCCGAAGGUGAAUUUAUGAUCGAGACUCGGCUCGAUCCUUCGUCGAGAUUGCGGCACGUUCGAUACAGAUCGUCGCGGAACUGUUCGGUAAUCAAGUAUGUGAAUAGCGUAGCCCUCCAUCUAGUUAUUGACCGAUCCUUCGUGUCCCUUGAAAGACGUGGGAGAGUGUGUCUUUCGGCAUGCGUCGAGGAUCUGCAUCCAGGGUCGAUCCACCGCGCAGAUUUCACAUGUGUUAGCUAGAGAUAAGGGCUGCUGACAUGUACAGAAGGCGACGAAGCUUUCUGUGGGAGCUCGACGACAUGGACGGUGCUUGCAGGUUCUGCCGGUGUUUCAUGGGAAUCACCCUGAUAUCUCGGCCAAGCCCGGUCCCAAAAAUUGAAAGGGAAGCAGGAUAUGCGGUUAUACCCCACAGCGGCAGACAAAACAAUUAGUUCUGCGUUCGGACAUCAUUCAUCAUCAGAGCCUAGGAUAUUUAACCCAUCAUGCAUGAGUGGCUGAUUAUAUCUACGUUUUUACUCUGACCGUUGGCUCCAAU